AUGGAGAACCUUGAUCUUAGCAAUAACAAAAACGUGUCUUUGAGUUUGAUCGCGGAGUACGGUGGUUCCGAUUCCGAUUCAGACGAUACAGAAACUCGUUCAAACAAUAAUACAGGGAACGAUGAUUCUGAUGCGGCGGAACUUAGUGAAAUGGUGUUGAAAAAUAACAUUAUAAAUGCUUGUGCUCACGGGCCGUUGUCACGACCGAGCGUCCGUGACGAUGCGGAUGUGACCAGACAUAUGAUCAUAGACAGUGCGGAAAGCGGGGUUGUGGAGUACGAGGUCACGGAGUAUCGUGAUAUAGACUCUGACACUGAUACCAGCUCUUCUAGCGACUCCAGUGACAGCGAGGUCGACUCUGUCAAGGAUAUCGAAGAGGUCUCCAGUGGUGAUGAGCUGGAAGCUGGCAGCCGGACUGCAAAACCAGAGGUUCCAAAAGUUAAUGGCGAGCUGGGCCUAGACGACUUGCCACCUAUAGAAGAUCUUGCCAUUAGCCUGCCCGCCCAAGAGACUGUUAAGAUUGGAAACAUAGUCAGCCUAGUUGAUAGAUUAGUAAUAGUACGUGCUUUACCAGAAACCCCAGCAGUAGAUUUAGACAGCGUCCUGUUCCUGGAGAACGGAUCCAAAGCGCUUGGAAAAGUCUUCGAUGUGUUUGGACCCAUAACGGAGCCGCAUUACUGCGUCCGCUUCAACUCAGCGGAGCACGUGCGCGAGCGCGGCGUAGCGCCCGGCAUGGACGUGUACAUCGCGCCAAAGACACAACACACCAACUAUGUGUUCCUCUCAGAACUCAUGAAAAUAAAAGGCUCUGAUGCUUCAUGGCUAAACGACAUAGAACCACCUCCACAUCAAGUAGAAUACUCCGAUGACGAGGAAGAAAGAAAAGCAAAUAAAGCCAGAAAAGAACAACGACAGAACAAAACUGAAGAGUCUGAAGACGGAGAAACUUCCAAAAACGCUCGUAAGGUACCAGAACGACGUAACCAAAGACCCUCAGAAUCCAGCAGCAGGUUCGGUAGCGGGCCCAGUCGCGGAAGGAACCCCUUUUCUGCAGGAUCUCGAAGGAACAACCCAAACGCAUUCCCCAGAACCCCAAGGCCCUGGCCUAAUAACAUAGGUCUUAGAACCCCACCACCACACCCUAACGGUGAUCCUGGGGGCCACGGACCUUUUACUGCUCCCCCGAACUUCACAGGACCGCCAAUGUUCCCACCCGCAUUUAAUCCGAGUACACCACCUCCAUUUAUGGGCAACUUGUUCCAAUUCGGCAACAGCGCUAGAAUGCAAAGUGCUCCAGUUUCUAAUAUAGGGGUGCCACCUCCGUUCAGACACAAUAUGCCUAUUUUCGGAUCCAAUUUCUGCACAAUGCCAGGUCCCCAAGCCCAGUGGGUGAACAAUGGCCCCCCACCACCACCAGGCACUUAA